UCUCAUCCUGACCGCAUCUUUCAACGUUUUUGUUUUUUUCAGUUCAAACUUACAUAAAAGAAUAAGAGAAAGGAUGCAACCAUUAAAUAGACCUUCUCAUAAAAGAGCAUUUCAUUAUAUUUCUUUAUAUAAUUUUGCUUAUAUAAUUUUUUGGAUAAUAUUUAUGUUAUCGGUAGUGGUGAAUAAAGUUAAUGGAAUGAGUGAACAGAGAAGUAACGAUUUGAAGUAAGUCGUUUUGUAGUUUAAUAGGGAGUAAAUUUGUUUAAUAAGUUAACAAAAAUUUCUAAUAGAUCACAAGCAAAGGUAUAAUGAGUCAAUUUUUGCUUUUUUUUAAUGAAUCUUAUCAAAUGAAUUCGUGGAAGUCAGGAAUUGUGUCUGGAAAUAAAACAAAUUGUAUACAUUGUUAAGAAAAAUUUGUUUGUUUAUUAUUAUUUAAGUUUAAAUUCUUGUACAAAAUUUUUUUUAUUUUUUUUUAAAAAAAAUUCAUAGGAUAUGUUUUAUCAUGCGUUUAAUAAUUAUAUGAAAUAUGCUUUUCCGGACGAUGAGUUAAAUCCUUUACAAUGUACUGGUAGAGGAAGUGAUAAGAAUGAUCCACAUAAUACUAUAAUAAAUGAUGUGUUAGGAGACUAUUCAUUAACGCUAGUAGAUUGUUUGGAUACGUUUGUUGUAUUUAAUGAUAGGAAAGGAUUUGAGAAAGCAGUCCGUGAUGUAAUAAAAUAUGUAUCAUUUGAUCAAGAUAAUAAAGUACAAGUAUUUGAAGUGAAUAUUCGUGCAUUAGGAGCAUUGUUGUCGGCGCAUUUAUUCAUUACAGAUCCAAGAUUUGGCUAUAGUAUAAAAGGAUAUAAUAAUGAGUUAUUGAAACUAGCUCACGAUUUAGGUAAAAGGUUAUUACCUGCUUUCCAAAAAUCAAAGACUGGAAUUCCUUAUGCUAGGGUUAAUCUAAAGUAUGGAGUACCUAUAAACGAAACACAUGAAACUUGUACUGCUGCCGCUGGCACAUUAAUUAUAGAAUUUGGUGUUCUGAGUAGAUUAACAAAUGAUACUAGAUUUGAGGACGCGGCAAAAAAGGCUCUGUUCGGCUUAUGGAAUCGACGAACAGAUUUGAAUCUUCUUGGGAAUGUAAUAAACGUACAAACAGGACAAUGGAUACAUACAGCAUCUAGUACAGGAGCAGGAAUAGAUUCAUUUUAUGAGUACUUGUUAAAAGCCUACGUGCUCUUCGGAGAGACAGAAUAUUUGGAUAUGUUUAAUGAGGCUUAUAAUUCUGUUCUCCGAUAUGUUAAAGAUGAAACAGGAUAUCUGUAUAGGAAUGUUAAUAUGAUGAAUGGGGGAUUAAUGUCUAACUGGGUGGAUAGUUUAUCUGCCUAUUUUCCAGGUUUGCAGGUUUUGGCUGGUGAUUUGGACAAUGCCAUAAAAUCCCAUUUAUUAUAUUAUAACAUUUGGAAAAAAUACAAUGCUAUGCCAGAAAGAUUUAAUUUUCAUUUAAGAAAUGUUGAAUUGGCAACUUAUCCGUUACGUCCUGAAUUUAUCGAAUCUACUUAUUUUCUUUAUAGAGCAACAAGAGACCCAUUUUAUUUGCAAGUUGGGGAAAUGGUUCUUAAAGAUCUUGAAUAUUAUGCACGUGUUAAUUGUGGAUUCGCAAGUAUUAAAGAUGUGUUAACAAAAAGUCUUGACGAACGUAUGGAAAGUUUUCUUUUAAGUGAAACUUUCAAAUAUUUAUAUCUGUUAUUUGAUACUGAAAACAAAAUAAACAGUAUGGACGACAACUUUAUCUUUACUACUGAGGCGCAUUUAAUAUUCUUACCACAAAAAUAUCUCAAAAAACAUUCAAAAAUACGACCUAGUAUGAGUGGGGCUGAGCGUUCAUUUUGUUCUAUUUAUGAAAAACCGUCACCUUCGAAACAUUUAUUCACUACUUCAGUAAUAACGUCAAGAUCAGAUGCAGAUUUUGCAAGAGAACUGGUUGGAUUUGAGGAACGAACUUUACCACUUUUGGAUCCUAAGGGUAUAUGUGAAGUACCAAAAUCAGAUCCACAAGUGAUAGAAGUUAGUUUUGGAGGUCUGCAAGAAUCUCAUGAAGAUGAUUUGAUUUAUCAAGGACAAGAACAACAACAACAAAUUAUAAAGUACGUUGAUGGUUUAAUUGCUAAUCGGUUAAAAGGGCUGAAAUUAGAACUGACAAAACGGGUUGAUAAAAAAGGGUAUGAUGUUACAAAAGUUGAUAAUUACAGAGUCUUCCCUGGACAAACUUUUGAAAUAAGAGAUCCAGCAGUAAAAGAUUUUUGGGUAAAACAACAAACAUAUCAAACAUCGGUCCUUCGAGUUUACUUUUAUAAUGAGAAUAAUUAUAAUGCUUACAAUUAUGCAGACUAUAUUGCAGCUGUAGCAUCUUUUGGACCUAAAAUUACUGGCGAACUUCCCAUAAGAACACUUGUAAGUGUAUCAUCAUCGCUUUAUGGAUGCGUGGAUUAUAACAUUGAAGAAACAAAACUUAUUGAGGGUAAUAUAAUAUUCGUGAAAAGAGGAAAUUGUACUUUUGUAGACAAAGUAUUAAAAGCUCAACAAGCUGGAGCUAAAGGAAUUGUUAUUUGGAGUAAUGAGAAUUAUUUAUUUCAACCUGCUAGCGCAGCAGAAAAAAAUGAUAUAUGGAAAUUUGAAAUACCAUGUGUACUGAUUACCUAUGAAAAUGGUGUUGAAUUAAGUAGAAUAUUAGAAGAAAACGAGAAGUAUAUACAAGAAGGAAAAAAUAGUAGUAAUAUUAAGGUUAAAAUUUUGUCCCAUGAACGUGAACCUACUACAAACAUUAAAACCAAUGAAAAUAAUGAAUUAUUAUUAACUAUUUAUGGACAUGCUAUACGUAAUAUUAGAUUAAAUCUAAAUCUUAAUGGAAAUUAAAUUAAUAGAGAUACAAAAAAGACUCUUAAAAUUUAAU